AUGUCGGUGAUGCAAGAAAACCACUACUAUCAACAGCCCGCCGAAGAGCGAUACGACCAACAGUCCAUAGCUGCUCCUGAAGAUUACACACAUUUGGGUAAGUUUUCCAUCGGCGUAUGAUUGUUAUAUAUUUUCAGAAAGUAAGUUUACUUUCUUUCCAACGUUUUCUGCCGUGGAUCUACUCAAAUCUACAUCUUCCUCGGUAAGAUCCUUGCGUAUAUGAAUAUAUCUUUUUGUAGAAUAUAAGUCAGAGUGGGAGUCUUAGGACUAUCUUCAACGAUUCUGAUGUCAGUGAAGUCGAUCAACGUGUAGAGUACACACCGCAAAAUGGUUUUUUCACAAUUUUUAUAACAUAUUCGAAAAGCUUUUUUCAGCCAUUUUUCAAAGAAAUGAUAGGAAAGAAAUCUUCAAAACCACAGAAAGCAACGAAAGGCGAAAGUAAAUUCUAAUAUUUUUAUCUUUUUCUUUUUAUUUUUUUAUUUUUUUACAGGUUCAGCCGUUUUCGUCACAAAGAGUAUGCUUGUGACGAUUGUGAUAGAAUGUUCACCCUCAAGCACAACCUCCAGCAACAUUUUAUUCAGGUUUUUUUUUGAUAAACUUAAAAUAUCUGUUUACAUUUACUCAUUUGAAGUAUCACAUGGGUUGCCGAAAGCUCCGAAAAGCCCAGUGUGCGAUCAAAUGCGAAAUCUGCUCGAAGGUAAUCAGAAAAAACUAGGUUAUUAAAUUCUGGUUUCAUAGCGCUUCCCGAAUUCGGAAAAAUACGAUAGGCAUUACAAGUUUGCUCACAGUUUGAAACCACUCCCUCGUGUACAUUACUGCCUGAAUUGUGAUAAAGUAGCGAAAGAUUAUGAGUUUCAAAUAAAGCUUGCAUCCAUUCCAGGUGUACUCAUCAGCUUCUGUUUUGCGAGAACACGUCGAUGUUGUUCAUCAGUGCGUUUUUUUUCAGAUUUCAAAAAGAUAAAUUUCUAUAUUUAGACUGGUUCUUCGCCACGAAUGUCCUCAAUGUCACAUGAAAUUCGGCAGGAUCAAUGGAUUGCGAAGACACGUGAAGAUGGUGCACGAGAACGUUGUGCGUUACUGUCCUUACAUGGAAGAAGGCUGCACUCAUGCUGGGUACAAAUGCCCAAAAGUCUUUCGUGUCUUGAAGGCCCUGCUAUUUUUUUUUUCUCAGGCUCUGGCCGCACACAUCCGAUCAGUUCACACAAUGGAACGUCCAUUUAACUGUUCCUACUGCCCAAAAAAGUACAUGCGACGAAGCGAUAAAAAGACACACGAACGAAAACAUCAAAUGAGAAAUGGUGUCUAUCACAUAUCUUGAUUUUUUGAUUAAAAUUCUCAUAUUUUUCAAGUAAGUUGAAAAUUUAGAAGAAAGUUCGACGCCAGUGGAAUUCACAUUUACCGAAAAUUCAGAUGGUUCAUCUUCCUUCCCAAAGCGUGGAGAUAGAGAAGCGAAAGUAACGCAUAUUUUUUACGAUCAAAUUUUUUUCGAAAUUCAGAAUGAGCGAGCUGUUGAAGAACCUCGCCGAACAUUCCGACCAGAGCUUGAGGCUAUUCCUAUAAAAAGAAGAUUGCCACCGCGCCGAUUAUCUAAAGAAGCAAUUCUUGCCCGCAUUAAAUAA